AUGGCUGACAGCUCGUCGAUAGGCGAGCGCGACGGCUCUGGCUUCGCAGGGUGGGAUCGCAGCGACCGGCCUGCAACGAUGCGCUGGACCUGCUGGCUGCAGGCGAGGCCCCUUCGACGUCGGCGCCAGCAGGGCGUGAUUGGCGUGCUCUGCUGCAUUUGCACCUUCUCGAGGCCACAGAUGGCUGCACGCAAGGCCGGAAAAUUCGACCGCUUCAGCUUUAGCCAGUCAAGCCGCGCAUCCGCGUACGCUCCGGCGAGAGCACAGCACCCCCAGCCAACGACGGCAAAAAAAGCCCAGAGGCGUCGUCGGCGCUACCGGCAGCAUGGAUUAUGCUCCGCCGGACCCAAUGCCCACAGAGCUGGAUCCGAUGCUGGAGCCAUCGCCGGAACGGGCUGA